GAUGUGUCGAUUCCACAUUUCAUCGAUUUUUUACGAGAACGGUCUUAUUACGAUUUCUUAGUUGUUCAAACAAUAGUAUCUGGUGGUUACACGUGAUGCCACUUUACACUGAUUGAAAUUUUGAAUCAACAAACGAAGUGAAGAAAAUUUAUUCUUUUGAAAUGUAUAUGGAAGAAAGUAUAGCAGAAAAAGCUGUCGAGCAAACAGGCUUUGGUAAGUUCAAUAUCAAGAUAACGGCUGUGUCUGCGCUUAUUUUCUUUAAUUGCGCUUUCUGUAUCACAAGUGUCGGCUUCGUCGUUCCCACUGCCGCCUGUGAUUUCAAAAUGACGACCAUCGAUAAAGGCCGCAUAAGUGCUGCUCCUAUGUUAGGUAUGGUGAUUGGCUCAAGUAUUUGGGGAUACUUGGCCGAUUUAAAGGGGCGUAGAAUUGCUCUUUUAAUAUCGUUAUUUAUGCAAUUAACAGUCGAUGCAUUGGCAUCCAUUGUUCCUAGUUAUUGGACCUUCGUAUUUCUUAAAUUUUUAAGCGGAAUUAGUGUAACUGGACAGCUAUCCAUUGUUUUUACGUAUCUUGGCGAAUUUCAACCGACGAAAUAUAGAAACCAAAUAUUAUCGUGGAUGGAACUUUCCUGGGCAAUUGGUGUUAUAAUACUUGCACUGAUUGCUUGGCUGAUAAUCCCACUGAGAUUCCAAUUCAAGCUGCACAUGUUGUCAUUUAGUUCAUGGAAUCUGUUUGUGUUAACGAAUUGUUUGCCGGCAUUGAUCGUUGCCCUUUGGAUGCUCAACCUCCCAGAAACACCUAAGUACCUAGCAGAGAAUGGCCGCCUUGAUGCUCUCAUGGAUGUACUCACGCGGAUGUACAUCGAAAAUACUGGCAACACUGCCGAGCAAUUUAAAAACGUACUGUCGACAUGUUCGAUACCAUCGAUUAGUGCCCUAGUAAACCAACUGGAUUCGACGGAAACAUUGAAAACUAUGUCGAUGACGAAUAAGGAGAGGCUGAAGAUAAUGCUAAAUAGUUCUAAAUCUCAAAUGAAAGCACUUACAAAGAAACCCUAUGCAAAAAGGCUCGGCGUUACCGGUUCCAUCAUGUUCUGCAUGACCUCAACGUACUACUCCCUCAUGACUUGGUUCCCCGAACUCUUCCAGCGCUUCGCCACCUUCGAGAAAAUCUUCCCUGGACAGUUCGCGAGCGUCUGUACUGUAUCUCAGCGACUCGCUAUAACUAAUAAUUCCAUUAGCUUUCAUCAUAAGCUUAAUCCUUUCGGAUGUGACAAUGAGAUCGAUACGAGUGUAUAUGUGAAUUCAAUAUGGCUAGGCGUAGCCUGUCUUCCCUGUGCGAUUCUCCUUCCGCUGACGGUUGAACGAUUUGGCUAUCGAAUAUAUAUGUUAUUCACAGCGACAAUUUCUUGUGUAGUAACUGUCGCCUUCUUUUUUGUCAAAACUUCAAUGGAAAACCUUAUACUUUCAUGCAUCUUUGAAGCAUUCACAUCUCUCAACAUAAGUGUUAUCUUCUGCCUACUCGUCGAACUUUUCCCCACGAAUCUUAGGGUAGUAGCCACGGCCAUCACUUUAUUUAUCGGCCGCAUUGGCUCACUCUUCGGUAAUAUGCUUUUCGGCUAUCUCAUCGAUGGUUACUGUAUGGUGUUGAUCAUUAUUAUGGCCGCUCAGUUAUUUUUUGCCGCAACAUUAUGUUGGGCAACACCAAGCAGAGACAAAAUGAGAAAAAUUCAAGGCCGCGUCAGCAUAGAAGUUCAAAAUAAAGCUUUCACAUCGUGACGGAUACCUAUUAAGAUCAGACUUAAACAUAUUCUAGACGUUGCAAUGUUCAAAAGCUCCAAAAAUAAAUUGUACUCAUUCAUAUUUAGGGCCAGUCAAGUAAACUCGAUAAAAGUUGAUUUUC